CAUCCUGCAGUAGAGGGGAUGGGAAUGAGAGAGAGCGCAAGAGCGAGGAAGCCGGGCCGGGGAGCAAACGACGAGCCACUGCAAGCCCCCCCACCUCAGCCACCCAGGUUGGGGUCUGCCCAGGUGUGCUCCAUGGACUAGUGUGGGCGGCAGGCUCCUUCUGCCUCUGCCCUCCUGCCCUCUGUCUUCCCUCCCCUCCUUGGAGGUCCCCUGCAUCCCUCCCCCAAGGAACAGUAAGUGGGCUUGAGACUCCCAGGGGAGAGCCAUCGCCUGGCCCUGCCCUGCUCUUUACCACACCUCACCAUGACCCUCCUGCUGCUGCCCCUCUUGCUGGCCUCCCUUCUUCCCUCCAGCUCCUGUAACAAAGCCAACAAGCACAAGCCAUGGAUUGAGGCGGAAUACCAGGGCAUCGUCAUGGAGAAUGACAAUACGGUCCUGCUGAACCCACCACUCUUCGCCCUGGACAAGGACGCCCCCCUGCGCUAUGCAGGUGAGAUCUGUGGCUUCCGGAUCCAUGGAUCUGGGGUGCCUUUUGAGGCUGUGAUCCUGGACAAGGCAACAGGAGAAGGGCUGAUUCGGGCCAAGGAGCCAGUGGACUGCGAGGCCCAGAAGGAGCACACUUUCACCAUCCAGGCCUAUGACUGUGGCGAGGGCCCUGAUGGAGCCAACACCAAGAAGUCCCACAAGGCGACUGUUCAUGUGCGUGUCAAUGAUGUGAACGAGUUUGCCCCCGUGUUUGUGGAGCGGCUGUACCGAGCUGCAGUGACUGAGGGGAAGCUGUACGACCGCAUCCUGCGGGUGGAAGCCAUUGAUGGUGACUGCUCCCCCCAGUACAGCCAGAUCUGCUACUACGAGAUCCUCACGCCCAACACCCCCUUCCUCAUUGACAAUGAUGGGAACAUUGAGAACACAGAGAAGCUGCAGUACAGCGGUGAGAAGCUCUACAAGUUUACAGUGACAGCUUACGACUGUGGGAAGAAGCGGGCGGCAGAUGACGCCCAGGUGGAGAUCCAGGUGAAGCCCACCUGCAAACCCAGCUGGCAAGGCUGGAACAAAAGGAUUGAAUAUGCACCAGGCGCCGGGAGCUUGGCUUUGUUCCCUGGUAUCCGCCUGGAGACCUGCGACGAACCUCUCUGGAAUAUCCAGGCCACCAUAGAGCUGCAGACCAGCCAUGUGGCCAAAGGCUGCGACCGAGACAACUACUCCGAGCGGGCGUUGCGGAAACUCUGUGGUGCUGCCACUGGGGAGGUGGACCUGUUGCCCAUGCCUGGCCCCAAUGCCAACUGGACGGCAGGACUCUCGGUGCACUACAGCCAGGACAGCAGUCUUAUCUACUGGUUCAACGGCACCCAAGCUGUGCAGGUGCCCCUGAGUGGCAUGUCAGGGCUGGGCUCAGGGCCCCAGGACAACCUCAGUGACCACUUUACCCUGUCCUUCUGGAUGAAGCACGGUGUAACUCCCAAUAAGGGCAAGAAGGAAGAGGAAACAAUCGUGUGUAACACUGUCCAGAAUGAGGAUGGCUUCUCUCACUACUCACUGACGGUGCAUGGCUGCAGGAUUUCCUUCCUCUACUGGCCUCUGCUGGAGAGUGCUCGCCCAGUCAAGUUCCUCUGGAAGCUGGAGCAGGUCUGCGAUGACGAGUGGCACCACUAUGCUUUGAACCUUGAGUUCCCCACAGUCACACUCUAUGCUGAUGGCAUCUCCUUUGACCCUGCUCUCAUCCAUGACAAUGGUCUCAUCCACCCACCCCGAAAGGAGCCUGCUCUCAUGAUCGGGGCCUGCUGGACUGAGGAGAAGAACAAGGAGAAAGAAAAAGGUGGAGACAACAGUACGGAUGCCACACCAGGAGACCCCUUGCCGAUCCACCACUACUUUCAUGGCUACCUGGCUGGUUUCAGCGUGCGCUCAGGCCGCCUGGAGAGCCGUGAGGUCAUCGAGUGCCUCUAUGCAUGUCGGGAGGGGCUGGACUAUAGGGAUUUCGAGAGCCUGGGCAAAGGCAUGAAGGUCCACGUGAACCCCUCGCAGUCCCUGCUCACCCUGGAGGGGGAUGAUGUGGAGACCUUCAACCAUGCCCUGCAGCAUGUGGCUUACAUGAACACUCUGCGCUUUGCCACGCCUGGCGUCAGGCCCCUGCGCCUCACCACUGCCGUCAAGUGCUUCAGUGAAGAGUCUUGCGUCUCCAUCCCCGAAGUUGAGGGCUAUGUGGUUGUCCUCCAGCCCGAUGCCCCCCAGAUCCUGCUGAGUGGCACUGCUCACUUUGCCCGCCCAGCUGUGGACUUCGAGGGAUCCGAGGGGGUGGCUCUGUUCCCAGAUCUUCAAAUCACUUGCUCCAUUUCUCACCAGGUGGAGGCCAAAAAAGAUGAGAGUUGGCAGGGAACAGUGACAGAUACACGCAUGUCGGAUGAGAUUGUGCACAACCUGGACGGCUGUGAGAUUUCUCUGGUGGGGGAUGACCUAGACCCAGAGCGGGAAAGCCUGCUCUUGGACAUGGCAUCCUUGCAGCAGCGAGGGCUGGAGCUCACCAACACGUCUGCCUACAUCACCAUUGCUGGGGUGGAGAGCAUCACUGUGUAUGAAGAGAUCCUGAGGCAGGCUCAUUAUAGGCUGCGGCACGGAGCUGCCCUCUAUGCCAGGAAAUUCCGGCUUUCCUGCUCAGAAAUGAAUGGUCGUUACUCCAGCAAUGAAUUCAUCGUGGAGGUCAACGUCCUGCACAGCAUGAACCGGGUUGCCCACCCGAGCCACGUGCUCAGCUCCCAGCAGUUCCUGCACCGUGGCCACCUGCUUCCUCCUGAGAUGGCUGGACACAGCUUGGCCAGCUCCCACCGAAACUCCAUGGUCCCCAGCGCAGCGACUCUCAUCAUUGUGGUGUGUGUGGGCUUCCUGGUGCUCAUGGUCAUCCUGGGCCUGGUGAGAAUCCACUCCCUUCACCGCCGUGUCUCGGGGGCCAGUGGGCCCCCAGGGGCCUCCAGUGACCCCAAGGACCCCGACCUCUUCUGGGAUGACUCUGCUCUCACCAUCAUCGUGAACCCCAUGGAGUCCUACCAGAAUCGGCAAGCCUGUGUGGCGGGGACUGCCGGUGGCCAGCAGGAGGAUGAGGACAGCAGUGACUCAGAGGCAGCUGACUCACCCAGCAGUGAUGAGAGACGCAUCAUUGAGACCCCCCCACACCGCUACUAAGGCCUACACCCCUCCCUAAACAGAGAGAGAGAGAGAGAGAGAGCCAGAGAGAGAGAGGUAGAAUUCUGCCCUGGUGAGACAGAGACACUCUCAGAAAAGAGAGGAUGACAUUCUGAGAGAAGAGAGACUUGCGAGGGAGAGAGCUGGAGCCAUCCUUUAAUAUCAAAAUUCCAGUUGGCCCCACUGGAGUCUACCAUCCCCAUCCUCUCCCCCCCCUGCCCACCUUGCUCCCAUGCCUCUGGGCUCCCCCGCUACCCAGAGUGGAAGACUCUGGCUGCAUUUUCUGCCCUUUAGAGCAGCCUUCCCC